AUUUCUUCAUAAAUCUCAAACAUUUUUCAUUCUCAAAAUUCAACCUAAUUUCAUUCCAUUAAUCAUCUCCUCAAUCUGUAAGUAUAUAACUUAAUCAUUGUAAAUUUCCAUUCCAAUUAUCUUCAGCUACCAACUUAUAGAAUAAUCACUUUCAAGAUCUAUUUUUACUAUUUUAUUAUAGAAAUAGAUUAAAGUCUUGAUUUUUACUAUUCCCAAAUUGUUUAAUUUUGUGGGCUAUUGUUACUUGAUCUUAAUAUUCACAUGACUACUGGUAGCUAUAUUGGAAUUUCUACCAUGAAACCUUGUUGUAGAAUCCUAACUAAAACCCCAUUGAUUUCUGGGUUUUCUUCAAUUAAGUUUAGUGAUUCAACAAUGAUGAGUAUCUUGUCAAGAUCAAGCUGUUCUAGAUCAAUCCAUAGCUAUAGAUACUAUAGAUGCAAUAAUACUAAGAUUUUAGGGUAUAUAAAUGUGAAUGGUUUGAAUCGGAGUGAUUUUAGCGUUACCGAUUCAAAUUGGGUUCAAUCUAGGAAUUUUAGGCCUAGGGUUGGAUCAUUGAUACCGAAUGUAACUUCGGAUUUUAGAAACCAGUCUACAUCGGUUGAUUCUAAUUCUAAUGUUAAUAAUGACAAAAGCUUUGAGAAUAUUUUCAUUCAAAGCACUUUGAAUCCAAAGCCCUUGCUGUUUGAUAGAAUUGAGACUGACGAUCAAAGUAAAGUAGAGGAAGUUGACAAGUCGAGUGUAAAUUUAGAUAAUAAGUCGUAUGAUUUGAAUGAGAAUAAAGUUGAGGAUAAGCUGUCUAAGAUUGAAGAGGAAGCUUGGAAGUUUCUUCGAGGUGCUGUUGUUACGUACUGUAGUAAUCCUGUUGGGACUGUUGCAGCUAAUGAUCCUGAUGAGAAACAACCUCUGAAUUAUGAUCAAGUAUUUAUUCGUGAUUUCGUUCCAUCCGCCCUUGCCUUUCUGCUCAAUGGUGAAGGGGAAAUUGUCAAGAAUUUUCUACUUCACACGUUGCAACUGCAGAGUUGGGAGAAGACCGUUGAUUGCUACAGCCCAGGGCAAGGGUUGAUGCCAGCGAGCUUCAAAGUAAGAACGGUCCCUCUUGAUGGAAGCAAUGAAGCAUUUGAGGAUGUUUCAGAUCCUGAUUUUGGUGAAUCAGCUAUAGGCCGUGUUGCCCCUGUCGAUUCAGGAUUGUGGUGGAUUAUAUUGUUGAGAGCAUAUGGGAAGUUAACAGGUGACUAUUCAUUGCAAGAUAGAGUGGAUGUCCAGACCGGCAUAAGACUGAUCCUUAAGUUGUGUCUAACCGAUGGAUUUGACAUGUUUCCUUCUCUACUAGUCACCGAUGGUUCUUGUAUGAUUGAUAGAAGAAUGGGAAUUCACGGUCACCCUCUGGAAAUCCAAGCAUUAUUUUAUUCAGCUUUACGCUGCUCUCGUGAGAUGCUGAUAGUGAAUGAUACAACCAGGGAUCUGGUGGCUGCUGUUAGUAAUCGCCUGAGUGCACUCUCCUUUCACAUGAGAGAGUAUUAUUGGGUUGACAUAAAGAAGAUUAAUGAAAUUUAUCGGUACAAGACUGAAGAGUAUUCUACUGAUGCUGUCAACAAGUUUAACAUUUAUCCUGAGCAAAUUCCUUCAUGGCUUGUGGACUGGAUAUCUGAGGAAGGUGGAUACUUCAUAGGCAAUCUGCAACCUGCUCAUAUGGACUUCAGGUUUUUCACACUCGGAAACCUUUGGGCCAUCGUCUCUUCUUUAGGCACAACAAGACAAAAUGAGGGCAUUUUGAAUUUAAUAGACGCCAAAUGGGAUGAUAUCAUUGGUCAAAUGCCUCUCAAAAUAUGUUAUCCAGCAUUAGAGGGUGAGGAAUGGUGUAUAAUCACUGGCUGUGACCCCAAGAACACCCCUUGGUCAUAUCACAAUGGCGGGUCUUGGCCAACACUUCUCUGGCAGUUCACUUUAGCAUGCAUCAAGAUGGGCAGGUCUGAUUUAGCACAGAAGGCAGUUGGUUUAGCAGAGAAAAGACUUUGUGUAGAUAAAUGGCCAGAAUAUUAUGAUACCAGAAAUGGAAAGUUUAUUGGGAAGCAAUCGAGGUUGAUGCAGACAUGGACUAUCGCUGGUUUCCUUACUUCAAAGAUGCUUCUAAAAAAUCCAGACAAAGCAUCUUUAUUGUUUUGGGAAGAGGAUUUUGAAAUUCUUCAGAAUUGUGUUUGCAUGCUAAACAAAACUGGUAGAAGGAAGUGUUCCCGUUUUGCUGCAAGAUCCAAAAUCCUUGUUUAAUAAUAUGACAUGUCUUCUUCUACGGUUAUACAGUUGUAACUCUGCAUGCAUGGAGGUGUAGAGUUAUUAUUACUGUUUGAACUUUGAAGCUGGUGGCCACACACACCUCAUCAUUUAAUAAUACUACCAUAGUGUGUUGUUGAUACUAUAGUACGAUGAUGGACUAAACUUUUCAGAAUUAAUCUGUAGAACGUAGUUCUGUAACAUCGUUAAUUAUGUGGGGGUAACUCAUUCCACGUAGAUUCAUUCAUAUUCCCUCACUGGUUUUAUACUGUAACUGCAUGUGCCAUGUGGCUUCACUGUGUAUCUGACUAGAACAAUAGUCACAAUAUUUUCUUGUUUAAAUAAACAGUACUUGGCAUAUUCAUUUAUCUAUUUCAAUUAGAAGUCACAUAUAUUACUUAA